AUGAAAACAGUGCAUCGGCAAUUCAUACAAGAAAUCAAAGAAAAUUCCAUUCGAAAAUUAUACGUGUUUCCUGUACAAGUCACCAAGGCUGUGAACAACACGUAUCCAAAGAUACCAGAAGUUAAACGAGGAAUUGAAAUUUUUGAGAUAUCAGGAAGAAAUGAAACUGAAUCAGAAACACCGCCACGAAGAAUAAAACGUCUUGGCAGUGACGAAUCUGACCGAUCUCCUGAUUCUCAGAAAAUUGUUUUUUACCCAAAACGUGAUAUGAAAACACCGAAAGUUAAGAAGAAGCGAAGAGUUUUAAUUGUUCCACAAAAUCAUAGAAUGACUUCGCGCAUGACAAUUCCGCGUCCAUUUAAUCACGUGUUGAUGAGUGGACAGAAAUUCAAAACGCUUCAGAAUGCACAAUCAACAUUGGGAACAUAUUAUCAAAAUUUUCCGAAAUCAAUGAACCAGUUUGCAUAUUCAAACACUCAUCCAACGAGAUUGUCAUCAAAUCCAACUCGAUUAAACACUUUGCAAGCUUCAUCAUUCAACCCAGUCAAGUUAUCUGGGAAGUUUCGUCAUCCAAGGAAGAAUGGAGAACUGACAAGCAUUUUCCAAGCAGAUGCAACUCAAAAACCGACAGGUUUCCACUCAGAUGCUAUUAACGAUCCGUUUCAAAAUUUCAAACCAAAAUCACCAUACGAAGUCAAUCAACUCUUGUUUCAGAACAAUGUUCGACCAAUGAAAGGUUUGACUCCAACACAAACUUCUUAUUUUCGAAGACACAAUCGCCAUGAAAAUAUGAUUUUGCCUCAUUACAAUAAUAUGUUUUCAAGAGAUCCUAACUUAGGCUUUCCAAGCAGUGUCAAUCCUAUCAAAAGCUUUUUACCAGACCAUAGUGAACUUUCAAAGAACAAACCAUUGUCACUGAUGCUUGACGUGUUUCCUUUGACUGGUGAAGUUAUGGGAACAAAUCAAGUGAAACAUGAAAUAGCAACACAACAAUCACCAAAAUUGUCUAGACUUAAACCAUUCCAAGGAUAUUAUCAAGAUCCAAGUUACUUCAACUCAAUGCAGUUUCCUCAAUUAAUGCCUCGAUAUCCAUCAUAUUAUCGUUACAUGCAGCCAGUAUCGCAUUCAAGUAAUUUGAAUCCAAUAAGUGUUAUGAAACCACCAAGUCAACUUGUGGUUCAUCUAAAUUUAUAUCCCAAAAAUAAAGAUUCAUUCAAAAGGUCAUCGACUGAAGAAGAUUUCAGAUAUACAAGAAAAGAACCGCAAGUAACGACAGCAUCAACAACAACGGAAUCAACAGCGCCAAUUCCAUUUAACAUAAAUUUCAAUAUGAAUACUAAUGGACAUCCUGAAAACAUCAAUCAUCAAUUUAAUCUACCGAAAGAAUCUCCGUUUCAUCACAACACUACGAUAGAGCCAUCAAUGUCUCCUUAUUACUUCUACGAUGACACAGAAGAAGAUGACAAAAGUAUUCUCGUUUCACCUUCGUUAAUUUAUCCAAAUAUUUAUCGUGAUCGACCGAUUCAAUUGAUGCUUCAAAAUUCAACAACAUCAUCAUCAACAACGACCGAAAAACCUACGAAAAAAUUUCAAAAUCAUAAGCGUGAUUAUCAAACAAUUGUGAGACCUAAAAAUUCAGAAAAUUAA